AAGGAACCUGAAAAAUAAAAAUGGGAGAAAGUGAUUUUUGAUUGAGCUGCUCUCAUUUUAAGUAUUAUUAUAUUCCAUCUUGGUUGGAGUUAGGGGGAGGAAGCCAUAGUCCGUGUCGGCAUCGAACUCCGAUUAGUCAAGGUCAGGGAAGCGUUGCAUUUGCCGGAGGAACAUCAAAAUUUCGUAUUGCAUACAUUCAUAUCCUCAAAUGUCAAAAUCUAUGCGGAUUUUGAUACUUUUAGGAGGUAAACGACCUUGGGGAGCAAGGCAACUCCGGAGGGUAAAUACCCCAAGCUGACUUUCAAUCAAUUUCAUUACCGAUUGACAUGGGUUUUUGGCUCAACCCACGAUUCUUCAUAACCUCCUAAUAAAGCCCCUUCACUCAACAAACAAUGCUCACUUUUCGCUCUAUUUUCUCAACCUCCAAACAUCACUCCCGUCAGGCUCCAUCUGUAUUUCAAAGGUUACAUCCAUCAAUUAGCGUUCUGUCCUGCAAAUGUUCCACAUCAUCAAAAUACAGCAAGGAAAGACCUGAAGUUCCUCUUCUAUCCGCAGAUGGACAUACUUCUUCUUCAUGGACUACUUAUAUCAUUCCAGCUGCGGUGAUGGGUUUUGUUGGGUUAGCAGCCUUUGUACAUUAUAACGAUGAGAGAAGAGCUGUCUUGAAAGGACAGGGAAACACGUGCGAAAACAUAGUUAAAGGACCAGUUAUUGGGGGCCCAUUUUCUCUUAUCGAUACAGAGAAAAGAAAUGUAACAGAGAAAGAUCUUCGGGGGAACUGGACUCUGCUCUACUUUGGAUACACUUCGUCUCCUGAUGUUGUGCCAGAGCAACUCCAGAUUAUGUCCAAGGCUAUAGACAUAUUAGAAUCUAGACAUAAAUUCAAGGUUCUACCUAUAUUCGUGACAAUUGAUCCACAACGGGAUAACCCAUCACAUCUUCGUGCUUAUCUUAAAGAGUUCGAUUCAAGAAUUAUAGGACUAACUGGGCCAGUUGCAGCAGUAAGGCAAAUGGCACAGGAAUACCGAGUUUACUUUAAGAAGGUUGAGGAGGAAGGCAAUGAUUAUCUUAUCGAUACUUCACACAAAAUGUAUUUGUUGAGUCCAAACCUGGAGGUUUUGAGAUGCUUUGGAAUGGAGUACAAUGCUGAAGAGGUUUCACAAGCCAUACUGAACGUACUUCAGAAAACUCCUCAAUAACGCCCUACAGGUCUUCAACUUCUCUCCUAUGCAUUCCUAUUUGUUCUAAAUUUCUUUUUAGUCAUCCAGUAAAGCACUUGAGACGUCGGCUUAACAUUAUUACCUGAAUUUGAACCCUUUAGAAGUCCAUUCGUAGUACAAUACGGUAAACAGAAAAGGCAAUUUUUUUGUUCAGCAAUUGUUUCAACUUUAUAACUUGGGUAUAGAAUCACUAUAAUCCGUUGAACUCUCCAGCUUGCUUGAUUAUGAUUCUUUGAUUUAAAGAUGGUUCGACUGCAGUCUUGAACCUCUUCUUUCAUUUCUUUGUCUGCAAUAUAAAAUAAACGGGAAAUCACUAUCCUCUCAGACCACGUAUCUCAAUUCUCGACCUGUUAGGUUCUUCAUUGGUAAAUCUUUGAUCUAGAGCUUGUAGGAGAAGCAGGAAUACCCAUAGAAGAUGAUGAUUUUGUUGGUCCUAAAGUACUGUAAUGAAUGAAAUGCUGAUUGAUUUGAUUUCAUAAUACUUCUACUAUAAGAAACUUUAUUUUGGCUUAGUUUGGUUUUGGAUUGAUGGAGAGAAAUUACUGUAGGGGCAAGAAUGUUGUGUUUACUUGAAAAUGUAUCAACAUCUAUAGCCACACCUAA